CUCAUCGGAGGAUUGUUGCUACAACAGAGAGUUUGUUGUUGUUGGCUAGGGUUCUUAUCGAUUUGUAAUUUGGGGAACUCCAUUGAUUCCGGUGAUGAAUGAGGUUGCUGAGAUUGCUCAACAAACGGAUUCGAUUCAGGAUCCUAAGGUAACUCCAGGUGAUGAUACUGUUGUUGAUUCGAGCGGGGAUGGUCACGAAGCCAUUAAUGAUGAUGAUGAUAUUGCAGCUUCUUCACCUAUGGAACUCGAUUCAGCUGUUACAAAUGACGAUGACCAUGCUAGGGUUUCUGAGAGUGAGAGAUCGGAGAAAAAUGGUGUCGUAGGGAGUGAGGAGGAAGAUGAUAUUAGUGAAACGAAAUCUGAGAUUAAAAGCGAGGACGUUUUAAUUGAUAAGGAUGAUGAUAGUUCUGAGCAUAAAGAAGAAGAAGAAGAUGGCUCCGAUGAUCAAUCUAGUGAGCUUGGUUCUGAAGCUGAUGAGAAGAAUUUGGAUUUGAAGGAAGAGAAAAUAGGAGUUUCGGAUUAUAAAUCUCUUUUAUCUGAGUUUGAUGAUUAUGUUGCGAGUGAGAAAAUGGGUUCUGGAGUGUCGAGGGCAUUGAGUUAUGGGUUUGAAGUUGGAGAUUUGGUUUGGGGUAAGGUAAAGUCUCAUCCUUGGUGGCCUGGUCAUAUAUUUAAUGAAGCUUUUGCGUCUCCUUCUGUUCGUCGUAUGAGGAGGAUUGAUCAUGUUCUUGUUGCGUUUUUCGGGGAUAGUAGUUAUGGCUGGUUUGAUCCUGCUGAGCUUAUUCCUUUCGAACCUAAUUUGGAGGAGAAAUCACAGCAGACUGUUUCGAAGCAUUUUGUUAGAGCUGUGGAGGAAGCCAUGGAUGAGGCGAGUAGAAGGUCAGCUCUUGGUUUGACUUGUAAAUGUCGGAAUCCUUAUAACUUUAGGCCUACUAAUGUGGAAGAUUAUUUUGCUGUUGAUGUGCCCGAUUACGAGCUUCAAGCCGUUUACUCUGCUGACCAGAUUAAGAAUUCUAGGGAUAAGUUUUUACCCGUUGAAACCCUAUCGUUUGUGAAGCAAUUGGCGUUAGCACCUCAAGAGUGUGAUCCAGACAGUUUAAAGUUUAUGAAGAAGAAAGCAGUGGUUUUUUCUUUCCGCAAGGCAGUGUUCGAGGAGUUUGAUGAAACCUAUGCACAGGCCUUUGGAACAAAAUCUGCACGCUCUUCAGUGAGUUCGCAUGAAUCUCAUAAUAGAGCACCGCCUCGAGCUCCCUUGAGUGGCCCCCUGGUCAUAGCAGAAACGCUAGGUGACCUGAAGAGCUCUAAAAAACCCAAAAAGGUUAAGGACUCUAAAAAAAAGGACAAGUAUCUUCUCAAAGGAAGGGAUGAAGCUGGUGAUAAGUCUGUUCAAUUUGGCCAAAUUGAAGCAAGUUCAUUAACUUCUCAUAUCCAGGGAAUUGAUGGAUCUUUGGACGGGGAUUUUGUGCUGCAGAGAAGAGCUCCAAUGCUUCAAACUCCAGUGAAAGAUGAGCAGUCUGGGAUUGUCGGCAUUGAUUUUGCCUCUUCAAGUGCAGCUAUUCCUGGUAAAGAAUGGUCAGUUCCAAUGCUCUCUCUUGAUGAAGAAAAGGGUUUAGCCGAAGAAUCAAAGGAGAAAAUGGAAGAAAGGUCUGAUGUACUUCCAGAGCAUGGGAAAUCUGAAGCUAUGGCGAGUCGUAAAGAAGAGGCUGGAACAGAUCUUGGAUCAGCUGAAAGCUCUCUCCAACCCCUGCUUGAGUCUCAUACCUCAGCAUCUGAGGGGAAAAGUUCCACAGGCUCUGUAAUCAAGAAAGUCAAAGUUUCUAAACGAUCUUCAAGUGAAAUGGGCUCAGAGGAUCCACCUUCGGAGCCAAAAAAGAAAAAGAAAAAGAAGAAAGAGCAUGACUCUGACCAUGCAGUGAAGAGAAAGUUUUUGUCUUCCGGGGAAGCUGGGGCCAAGAAAUUGUCCCAGCUUGGUUCAAUGCAUUUACAGUCGUAUAUGGAAGUCGAUGUGCCGCAGCUGUUGAGUCAUUUGCAAGAUCUCUCUCUUGACCCUUUCCAUGGUUCAUCAGUUACUUCUUUUGGAGCUGCUAGGAAAUUUUUUCUCCGUUUCCGUUCACUUAAUUACCAGAAAAGCUUGUCUGUAUCUUCCUCUGAUGCUACUGUCGAAAAUGCCAGAGACACAAAACCCUCAAAACCUGUCAAGACUGUGAAGAGAACUGAAGACCCAUCAAAAGCUGGAAAAAAACGUCUCUCUUCUGAUCGUCAAGAUGACAUCCCAUCAGCUAAGAAGCUGAAGAAAACUAAUCAGUUGAAAUCAAUGACUUCUGAGAAGAAGAUCAGCCGAGAAGCAAAGGAUAGUAUAAAACCAGUAAGAGAGCAAAGCAGUGCGGUACAAGCAAAAGCAGCCAGAGCUCAAACCGGGAAGAAAACGGCUCCAUCAGUUAAGGUGGUUGAGCCCACAAUGCUGGUCAUGAAAUUCCCACCUGGCACGUCUCUCCCUUCAGCUGCAUUACUAAAGGCGAGAUUUGGUCGCUUCGGGCUGUUAGAUCAAUCCGCCAUUAGAGUUUUCUGGAAAUCAUCGACCUGCCGUGUUGUGUUUCUGUACAAAGCCGAUGCACAGACUGCUUUUCGAUAUGCAACAGGAAACAACACUCUAUUUGGAAAUGUGAACGUAAAGUACUUUCUCCGUGAUGUGGAUGCUCCUAAAGCCGAGCCUCGUGAACCAGAAAACACAAAGGAAGAUGAUGAACCACAGAGUCAGUGGCUAGACCAAGCACCACCACUUCACCAACCAACCUUACCACCACCAAACGUCAACCUCAAAUCCUGCUUGAAGAAACCAGUUGAUGACCCGAGCAGUAGUAGCAACAACGGAAAUGGUAACCGCGCAACUGUAAGAGUCAAAUUCAUGUUAGGGGGUGAAGAAAACUCGAGUAAAGCAACCACCGAGCCACCACCAGUCACAACAACCUCGAAUAGAAACAGUGGACCUUCUUCAUCAUCAUCAUCUGUUGCAAUGGAAUUUGUUAGUAAGAAGUUUCAAAACGUUGUUCAUCAUCAACAGCUUCCUCCUUCUACAUUGCCUCCAAUUCUUCCUCUCCCUCCACAAUACACAAAACCACAACAACAUCCCAUUAAACCAGUAGACCAUGUCGAACCACCGCUGCCACCUUCAAGAAACUUCCGUGGCCCGAACCCAGCGGUUAGCGCUGGAGACAUCUCUCACCAGAUGCUCAACCUUUUGUCAAAAUGCAACGAAGUAGUGGCUAAUGUCACGGGCUUAUUGGGCUACGUACCUUACCAUCCCUUGUAACAAAACGAAGCCCGUUGAGAGAAAAUGUGAGUGUUUGUUUGGUUUUGGUGAUAUAUUUGUAUGUUACGUAUUAGUUUGGUUCGUUAAUUUAUAAUGAAUCUCUCUCCCUCUCUCCUUGUUUUAUUUUUCGUGUCUUGAACUUGUAUGUUUUGAUAUUUGAUGCACUAUGCCGAACCAAUUCCAUUGU